UCCCGUGUCGACAGGCGGCGCUACACUUCCGGUCUACAAAAAACAAGCAUGCUAGGGGGACAAGGCAACAUCAUCGUUCUUAACCAGAACACCAAGCGGGAAUCCGGCAAGAAAGUCCAGCAGGGCAACAUUGCAGCCGGCAAAGCAAUCGCCGACAUCAUCAGAACAUGUCUAGGACCAAAGUCGAUGUUAAAGAUGUUGAUGGACCCAAUGGGAGGAAUUGUCAUGACCAACGAUGGCAAUGCCAUUCUUCGGGAGAUCACUGUCCAGCAUCCAGCAGCGAAGUCCAUGAUUGAAGUAGCCCGCACACAAGACGAGGAAGUUGGGGACGGAACGACCUCCGUCAUCAUCCUGUCGGGUGAGAUGCUUGCCCAGGCCGCCCCCUUCCUGGAGCAGCAGAUGCAUCCGACCAUCAUCAUCAGUGCCUUCAGACAGGCCCUUGAGGAUCUGGUUGACAUCCUCCGCAAUCAAAUUAGUGUGCCUGUAGAUCUGACAAACAAAGAAGACAUGAUGAAAAUAGUCAAAAGUUGUGUCGGCACUAAGUUCAUUAGUAAAUGGUCUGAACUUGCUUGCCAGAUUGCAUUAGAUGCCACAGCAACAGUUGCCAUAGAGGAAAAUGGCCGACGGGAAAUUGAUAUCAAACGAUACGCAAAAGUAGAAAAGGUUCCAGGGGGAACAAUGGAGGACUCGAAAGUAUUAAAGGGAGUUAUGCUCAACAAAGAUGUUGUUCACCAGAAAAUGAAACGGAGGUUAGAAAACCCUAGAAUAAUUUUACUGGACUGUACAUUAGAAUACAAGAAAGGUGAAAGCCAGACAAAUAUUGAGAUAACAAAGGAAGAAGAUUUUGCUAAGAUCCUUAUGAUGGAGGAGGAAUAUGUUAAGAGGAUUUGUGACGAAGUCCUCGCCUAUAAGCCCGACUUGGUCAUCACAGAGAAGGGUGUGUCUGAUCUAGCUCAACACUUUUUCGUCAAAGCUGGUGUCAGUGUAAUCCGACGAGUCAGGAAAUCCGACAACAACAGAAUUGCCAGAGCCUGUGGUGCUACCAUCGUUAACCGUACAGAUGAAAUCAAGGAAGAAGAUGUCGGAACAGAGUGUGGUCUAUUCAAAGUCGAGCAAUUUGGUGAUGAGUACUUCACAUUCCUGGUUGAGUGCAAGGACCCCAAGGCAUGUACAAUCCUUCUCCGCGGGGCCAGCAAGGACAUCUUGAUGGAGAUCGAAAGGAACCUCCAGGAUGCUAUGAACGUCGCCCGUAAUGUGAUGACAGAGCCUCUCCUGGUCCCCGGGGGUGGGGCUGCAGAAAUGGCUCUCUCACAGGCCCUCAAUGAGAAGGCCAAGAGCAUCACCGGAGUCCAGCAGUGGCCGUACAGGGCUGUAGCCAAAGGUCUGGAGGUCAUUCCAAGGACACUCAUCCAAAACUGUGGCAGCAACCCCAUCAGAACACUCACCGCUCUCAGGGCGAAACAUGCAGCAGCCAAGUCGACGUCGUGGGGUAUCGAUGGAGAGAACGGCAAGAUCGUGGACAUGAAAGAUUACGGAAUCUGGGAACCAUUUGCUGUAAAAGUACAAACAAUCAAGACUGCAUUAGAGACUGCUGUGCUACUUCUAAGAAUCGACGACAUUGUCUCAGGCACUAAGAAAAUGUCGGAUGCUGACAUGCCAGCUCCCCGACAGAAGGACGAGGAGGCUGCCCCUCAACCUGAGGGACCAGAAUAAAGAACCAAAACCUUAGGACUAGGAUUUUCACGGACAUUUCACUGAUGGAGGCAUUAUUCUGGAACAUUAGACAAUUCCAUAUAAACCUAUUUCUGGCUGAACUGCAUUCUACAAAGGAAACAAAAUGUGUUCAUAUUCCUCAUUGUCUCAUCAGCCGGAUGCAAUAUUCAAAAGCUUGUUUGUUUGUUUGUGAAUGUCAAGUUCUUUUUGUAAAAUGUCAUUCAUGAAAUUGCAUUGUUUCAUUAGAAACAGAGUUGAUUUUGCUAGUGCUGAGAAUUAAUGAUUUGUUCUUGAAAACUUGAAUAACAGUACAAUGAAGCUAAAACCGUGCCCUGAUGAAAAUGUAACUAGGCUUCACUGCUAGUGAAAGUAUCAGAAAUCUCGUAAAAAUCGUAUUCAUAUCGUACGACAUUGAUAGAAGAGUGAAGGGACAAAUAGCUGGAGUGCUUUAUUUAUUUGUGAUGAAUUUCUAUGUGAAACCCAAAUAUAUACAUACUUGUCUUUUAUAAUUAAGAACAAAGGAUUAAAAAUGUGAUCCCUAUA